AUGUCGACGCGAGCGUGGACGAGGCGGGACAAGAUCAAAGGGGGCGUCGGAGCCGUUGCCUUUGCCGCUGUCAUAUUCGUCGGCUCCCUGACCGGCGCCCAUAUCAAGUCGGAUAGGCAAAAAGAUGACGCGAUCAAACAGUUCCGCCAAUCCACCCCGGCCGACCAAAUCGCCAUCCUAGAAACGCAAAAGCUCCACCUGCUGCAGCAGAAGCAACAGCUGGAGAGGAAGCUGCACCUGUUCAACGACCGAGUGAGAGACAGGGACGCCGAGCAGAGGAAGGGGGAAAGGUAA